GCAGUUUGCGGCCGGCAAGUGGCUGCGUGGGAAGUUCGACCGUUCCUCACCGUCGGGGAGUUUUUCAGUGAUCCCAGCAGUAGCUCAUCUCUUCACAAAAGCCAUGUCAAAGUCGCGACGGAACCGACCCAACUCUCACGUCCAGUUCGCAGUGGACACGAACCUGGACACGGGGCUCAUUCAGCUGGAGCCCAGGGAGGGAGGCGUCCUGGAGGCCCACAUCGGGAUGCUAAAGAGCCACCACACCUACAGUGCGGAGAUACCCGUCGCUCACUCGUUAGGUACUAGCAUCACUGCCCAGCACCCUCAGCACAACAUUUACGUGAGAGUCGAGUCGGUCGGAGAGACGGCGACGGUACGAGAGACGGGCAAUCGCUACAAGACGCCCGUGACGGUCCACAUCAAGACAAUCAAAGACGGCAACAUAGCCGAGAGGAUCGAGCUGGUACUGGAGGAAGACUCUGCCACCUCUCUCUCUCUCCUCGUGACGGCCAAGGUCCUCAACACCAACCAGGGGAACCCCCUGCUCAAGGACGGCGUACACAUCGUUUCUCACGAACAUGGUGAAGACAGCGAGAACACAGAGUGGCCGGGGCACUGGAGGGACCAAUCACACCUACCAGCGGACGACGAUGAAGACACUCUGCUAUGAAUCAACACACUCUUUUUUAAAGCAACGACGAUUGCCCUUUUUCCACUGAGUGGCGAAUGUUAAAAUCACGUUUUUAAAAAAUUGAGAUGCCAACUGUACAAUUAUUGUCACCAUUGGCAGGUAUUUUUUGUGCCCAAGUCACCCACUCACUAGUGCAAGCGCGUUAAUUUAUUUUUCUACGUUACCAAUUUUUGUAGUUUUUGACGGCAUGUGGUUUAAUUUACUAGUUGGGUGUGAAAUAAAAACGGAAUUUCAGUAACUAUUGCAUCAAUCAAAGUUAUGUGAUUUUGCCAGCUUUAUGGCUUCCUGUUCAGCUUUUCUAAUGACAUCAUCUCUAAUUCCAGCAUCAUGAUAGUAGUACCCUUUGUUCUGUAUAAGAACACACACAAUGUAAAAUUAUAUAUAGUACACUAAAAUACCAAGGAUUGAGGAGGAUACCAAGGAUACUUAUUUGGUAAA